UUUACGUUUUAGAAGUAGAAGGAGUACUCGUUUCUUUGAUCUGAAAACUAAAAUAGUUAAAAUUUUUUAAUGAUUAGACAAAAAUUAACAAAAUAAAUAAUAGAAAUAUGUAUUGUACAAGGAUGUUAUCUCUGAAAAAGACACUGUCUUUAACAAUGAAGUCUAUGAUAGAACGUCAAUAUAUUAUUACCAAUGGCAUAGAUUUUUCUGUAAGACCUCGGUCUCGUCAGUUUUCUAAUAGUUCUCGUAUAAAAGGUGUGCAAACCAACAUAGUUAGAUCAGGAAUUGAAACUGGAUUUAUCAACAAACUAUUAUAUAAACUUGGUAUCAAUAAACAAAAAUAUCAAUUAAUGGGGUUGGGUUAUUUCAUGUAUGAAGACUUAGUUGAUACUCUUAAUUACACUCCAUUUUUUGAAGAUUUUAAUAUGCCAGACACAUUUUUCUCUUGGUAUUUGGUCACGGAAUUGCACAUUUGGAUGUUAAUGGUACGUUUUAUGUCCGAAGGAGAGGCAGGUAAAAUUGUUAGAUAUAACCUGGUCGAAGCUAUGUGGAGAGAUAUUGAUAUCAGAGUAAAUAAGCUUGGUACAAUUCAUCCAAAGAUAAAGAGACAACAAAUAUGUUCUAUAGCUGCUCAAUUUAACGGUGCUAUGAUUUGUUACGACGAAGGAAUUUUGUCAGAUGACAAAGCACUAGCUGGCGCGCUUUGGGCGAGAUUCUUCGGUUUAGAGUGCAACAAUCCAGAACAGCUUGAGAAACUCUUAAUUUACACAAGAAAACAGACUCAUUUGUUGGAUAAAAUUCCAUCAUCAGAAAUUUUUGCAUGUUCAAAACUAGACUGGAUAGAUUUGAGAGACGUUAAGUAAGGUUUAUUGUUAUUGCAAAUGAAUUUGUAAAUAUUAGUUAGG